UAGGGACAAAGGACUGUACUGGGGGCGCGGCUGUUUUUGCAGCAAGAAGUGGUGGCGAGAUGUAGGACCUCUGAUGCAGGCGAGCAGCUCUAUGUGCCUCUGUGCCCGUGCAAGGAGCCUGUUUGUGAGGAUCUGCAUGCACGCACGUGUGCGAGACGCUGCCUGUAAGCCUGUGCAAGGCGAGGGGCUGUGUGCAGAGGUGUGCACUCCUCUCCAGGCGUGCAAACAGGUGACUGUACGCGCGCGCGAGACGAUCCUCCACCCGGUGUGCCAGCAGGGUACCUCGCCAGCUCUCCGCGCACGUACCAGCCUGUGCACGCGCCUUUGUGAAUCAGUCCGAGAGCGAUGGGGAGAAGGGGACCGGGCAAGGCACCAGCAUCCUUCCAGACUGGGAAGGGAUGACUGGUUUCCAGGCAACCACGAGAGAGGGGAAACCAUGGUGCCAGAGAGUUGGCAUGGCAACAAAAGGUCUCCUCUCCAGGGAAGGUUAGGCGGUACACACGGGGUAACAGGUGUUGAGUGUGUUCUGCUCUGCCAAGUGAACCACAACGGCUGCUUGUCAGCGUUGGAGGUCAAGAUACCAGCGGGCAAGUUUGUGCUCAUGCCGGUGCUGCUCCAGAGCCCCCUCCUGCUGCAGAAGCCAUCCUGGCCGCGCCGCCGACCGGCCCUCUCCCCCGCACCGUUCCUGACACGCGUCGGAUGCUGCGACCACAGCCUGGUGCUGGUGUGCGUUCAUUUGUCAGUUCCCAGGAAAACAGGAAAGAAAGAAACCAACGCUGGCAUUUCAAGAAAAGCUUUCACGCUGCCUGGCACCGAGGUCAGGGACAGGCCACGGAGUCGCUGCUUUCAGCUGCAACCUCAAAUCCUGCCUGUAUUCAUCGUAGGUGGGGGUGAGCACUUGGUGGCCAGCGUCACACGAGUUUGUUUGGUCGCAGCCACGCUGGCAGCAGCAGGCAUUGCCAUGGCAGGAACGGACGACCCAGUCAGCAGCGGCAACAGGGAGGCCGAGGAGCCGGCGCUGCUCUCUGCAAGCGGGGCAGGUUGGCUCUGCUGCCCUGGGCAGGGACAGGCAGCAGGAGCCCAUGGGACGCGGUGCCCAAAGCACUGUCUCCCUUUCCUGGUCUCCCCCCAUCUCUUUCCUGGUCUCCGCUCUCCCAGCAUUACCUCCAUCAGCUCUUUUUCUUUUUGCCUCGGAUUAAAAAGAACAACAUCUUGUUGCUCAAACACUUGAGAACGGAGGUGACAUGGACUCCAAUUUCCUGUCCUCUGCAAAGGCCUGGCAUUUUCCUCAGAAAUGACACAGCUUAAAAUGCCAACAAAAUGGUCCAGCCAGCUUCAAAAAGCAGCAAUCACUCCUAAUUGGGUUAGAAAUUUCAACCCCCAGGAAAACGUUACCUUCCCUUCUUCUGGCUCAGUGCAAAGACUGCUGGGUGCCGGUGUUAGAAGUAAAUUAAACGUGUAUUAGGAAUUUGAAACUAUUUAUCUGCUUCAGAAAGGCCAUUUCUGGUGCCCAGAGGGACAAUCAUUUCCUGGAAGGUGAAAUCCCUGUUAGAGACAUAAUUUUUUGUGCACUGAAGCUGCACUGCUGGCAGGAUGUCAUUUCCACAAGAUCGGCUCUUGCUAGGUUCCACUUUGGGCUUGAUUGUCUUUUU